AUCUAUCCUCCUUGCACUGAAGGCACAUCCAGGGGCCGGCGCUGCUACCCCCAAGGUGCGGGCUGAGAGCGGCCGGUUGCCCUCCGUGAGGCGCCGUUGUCCAUGAGGCGCGGGCUGAGAGCGGCCGCUCCCCCGCCUCUCCCUCGCGCUGCCGCGGGGCUGGCGGGCGGACAGGUUCUGACGUCAGGCCGCCCUCCUGCUGCGUGAGGUCUGUGUUGUGCCGGGUUCGCGAGAGCGGCGGCCCGUCGAAGUCGUCGCGAGUCUGAGGUUUUAAAUGACAUUAUCUAAAAAACGUGCAGAUGAUUCGAUGAUUUGGAAAUACUUUUUAUUGAAACAAAGGCAGGAAUAAGCAAGCAGAGAAGGAUGAGUCUGCUAAAACCUAGUGGGCUGAAAGCUCCCAGCAAGAUUGCCAAGCCUGCAAGUGCUGCAGUGAAGCAAGCAGCUUCUUCACAAUCAGCAACACCCAUUGCUACCACAGACAAAACAUCAACUGGAGAGAAAUCUUCAAGUGCAUCCACCACGGAGGAUCAAGAAGAACACGUGGCUGACUUCAAUAUCGGAGAGCGCAUCUGGGUAAAUGGCAGUAAACCUGGGUACAUCCAGUUCCUUGGUGAGAGUCAGUUUGCUCCAGGACAGUGGGCUGGAAUUGUUUUGGAUGAACCAAUUGGUAAAAAUGAUGGUUCAGUUGCCAGUGUUCGAUAUUUCCAAUGUGAACCAUUGCAUGGGAUAUUUACAAGACCUUCAAAGUUGUCUCGAAGCCCAGUGAUAGAUGGUGAAGCUGGUGAUUCACAAACUCGUGCAGCGUCUGUUUCCAGAGCCACAUCACCAACAUCUACAUCAACCAGUGUUGCAACUGCUCCAUCUACACCAACUGCGCAAAAAGCUGCAUCAGGUGGACCUCAGGAACCUGCAGCCAUGUCCAACCUCUUAAAAACAGGAAGUGAAUCUGUGUCAAACCUCUCAGAAGCUGGUUCAGUUAAGAAAGGGGAACGCGAGUUAAAGAUUGGAGACCGGGUUCUGGUUGGUGGUACGAAAGCCGGAGUAGUGCGCUUCUUGGGAGAGACGGACUUUGCUAAGGGGGAAUGGUGCGGAGUCGAGCUGGAUGAACCUCUUGGAAAGAAUGAUGGAGCUGUGGCUGGAACCAGAUAUUUUCAGUGCCAGACCAAGUAUGGUCUGUUUGCACCAGUUCAUAAGGUUACCAGAAUUGGAUUUCCCUCGACGACACCAGCUAAAGCCAAGACAUCUGUACGAAAAGUAGUCACCACCCCAUCAAAUCUCAAACGAAGUCCUAGUGCAUCAUCCAUCAGCUCUUUAAGCUCUGUAGCAUCUUCCAUCAGUGGGAGACCGAGUCGAUCAGGAUUGCUAACAGAAACGUCCUCGCGUUAUGCAAGAAAAAUUUCAGGCACCACUGCAUUACAGGAGGCAUUAAAGGAAAAGCAGCAGCACAUUGAACAGCUACUGGCUGAACGAGACUUGGAAAGAGGAGAGGUUGCCAAGGCAACUAGCCACGUGGGAGAAAUUGAACAGGAGCUCACGUUACUUCGGACGGGUCACGAACAGAAUGUAUUGGAGAUGGAGGCGAAAAUGGACCAGUUACGAGCACUGGUGGAGGCUGCUGACAGAGAGAAGGUGGAGCUUUUGAACCAGCUAGAAGAAGAAAAAAGAAAAGUGGAAGAUCUACAGUUCCGUGUAGAGGAAGAGUCUAUUACCAAAGGUGAUUUAGAGACGCAGACCAAACUGGAGCAUGCCCGCAUUAAGGAGCUUGAACAGAGCCUGCUCUUUGAAAAGACCAAAGCUGAAAAACUUCAGAGAGAGUUAGAAGACACUAGGGUGGCCACUGUGUCUGAGAAGUCUCGGAUUAUGGAGUUAGAAAGGGAUCUAACAUCACGUACAAAAGAAGUCUCGGAGCUUCGACAAAGACUCGCAAGCGUAGAAGUUUCUGGUAAUGUGGAGAGUGCACCUUUGUUGGAAGACAUUUCCUGUAUGCGAGAGAAACUUGCAACGAUAAAUGAAGAGCAUCAAUGUGAACUUAAAACAUUGAAAGUAAAACUUGAAACCUCAGAGGAAGAUCACCAAAAGAUAGUUCAACGGCUGCAAGGUGCCAGUGAAAAGGUUUCCAAGGAGAAUGUGACUCUCAAAUCCAAACUAGAUCAAGCCAAUAUUGAAAACUCAGAGGUUGUUAGUCUAUGGAAAAGCAAGCUAGAGUCUUCAAUAGAAUCCCAUCAGAAAGCCAUGGAAGAACUCAAGUUUUCUUUCAGUAAAGGAGCAGAUUCCCAAACCACAGAGCUUCUAGAUCUGAAGAGUAAUUUUGAAAAGCUUAAAACAGACCAUCAAAUGGAACUUGAGAAUAUUAAAAUACAGCAAGAUUUAGAAAAAUCAAACUACCUAAAAAAAACUGAAGGUUUAAAAUCUCAGCUAAUAGAAGUCACUGCAGAAAAGGAGAAAGAUAUAGAUACUCUGAAGUUGCAACUGGAAUAUGCUACAAACCAACACCUGGUAGAAAUGGAAGAGACUUUGACAAAACUACAGGAGACCAAAGAGAAGGCAACAGAAUUGCAAGUUUUGCAGGCUAAGAGCACUGAACAGGCACAAACUGUAGAGGAACUAACAGCUAAAGUAGCAGCAGCAGAACAAAAGGUGAUGGGUUAUGAAUUGCUGCAAGAUGUUGAAGCGCAAGGUAGAGAGGAACUCAAAAGGCUUGAAGAGAAGCUUGCAGCGGUUGAGUCGCAGUUGAAAAUAACUGAAGCUUUAAAGUUUUCCGAAGGGAGCAAGGUUAGUGAUUUGGCCAAACAGCUGGAGGAGCAGGAUCUGUCAGUUGUUAAUCUGAAGCAAAAUCUGACUUUAGUGAGCCAGGAGAAACAAAAUUUCGAGCAACAACUUCAGACGAUGAAAGAACAAUUUGAUGGAGCAUCUGAUGCACAACACAAAUUGCAAGAGACCUUACAAGAAACACUUGCAAAGCUCCUUGUGAAAGAAGAGCAAAACGCUUCUCUUUCUUCUGAGGUAGUGGAGCUCAAAUCUCAGUUUUCUGCUCUCGAGAGAAGAACUAAAGUUGACGAGGAAAGGGCAGAACAACUCUCUGAGGAUAAAACCAAACUUGAGAACACCAUCUCUGAGAUGAUGAAGUCUUCAGGGGACAACUCUGCCCAACUAACAAAGAUGAAUGAAGAGCUGAAACUCAAAGAAAGGAGGCAGGAUGAACUACAAGAUCUGCUUCAUCAAUCCAGUGAAAAGAUCGCUUGUUUACAGGAACAUUUGGAGCAAUCCACAAAUAAAGCAAAACAGAUGCAGGAAGAGCAGCAAAACAAAACUCAGACUGAGCUUCAAACAUUACAGGAGAAAAUAACAGAUCUGCAGCAGCAGGUGGAAAUGCACAGUGCACACACUAAGGAACUGCAAAGCAACCAUGAGAAAGUAGUUUCAGAAAUAAAUGUAAACCGUGAUACUUUAGUGAAGGACCUCAAGACAAGGUUGCAGGAAACCAAAGAAGCACUGAAGAUCUCUCAAGAGAAAAGUAAUCAAAGAGAAAAACUUGUAGAAGAACUACAGAAGCAAACGGAACAGGUCCAGUCUUUAACCAGUGAGCUAGCAUCAGCCAAAUCUCAGUAUGAGCAAAUAGCAGAGGAUGUGAGAGCUUUGAAGGGAGAUAAAGAACAGAUGAUCCAGCAAAACGGUGCACUAAAAUCCGAGAAAGAGUCCUUAUUUUCUGAACUUUCAGAGGUGAAGUUACAGUGUACCUCCCUGCAGAAAGAGCAGCAAGUGUUAGAAUCAAAGAAUGAGGAUCUCCAGUUGGAAAGAACAGCACUUUUAAAAGAGAGGCAGGAUCUCGAGGGUACUCAGCAACAACUUUGCCUGGAAAAGGACGCUUUGGUCACAGAAAAAGACGACCUUUCCUUAGCAGCCAAACAUUUGCAGCAGCUCCUGGAAAAGUUAACCAAAGAAAAUGAGGAUCGCCAAACCUCGCAGUCGGACCUGAGUAAACAGCUAGACAAUAUUCAGAUAAAAUGCAAAGCUGCUGAAAGUGAACUAGCCCAGCUGCAUCAUAAAAAGGAAGAGUUGUUAUCGGCCCACGGGGAAAUGAUUGCAGAAAGAGAGGAACUUGCAAAAGAAAAAGACAGAAUUAUCGAAAACUUUCACAAGUUUCGUGAAGAGACAUCAGUUGCUCUGGAAAAGCGGGUGAAGGAAAGAGAUGUGCUGAUAGUGGAAAAAGAUUCUACUCUAUUGAAAUGCUCAGAGCUUGAAGCACAAUAUGAAACUUUAACAAAGGAGAAAAUUCUGCUGAAAUCGACACACGAUGAGGUGAUAUCUAAAAAUGAAACUCUUACAAAAGAAAAAGAUGAUCUUAGUUCAAGUUUGCAGAAGACUAUCCUUGAAAAUAAAUCUUUCAUUAUUUCAAAAGAUCAGCUGCAGAGUAGUCAUGAUCAAUUGAAGAAUGAGCUGGAAAAAUACAUGAAGGAAAAUGCAGAGCUCCAGGCUUCAAAAGCUAGCCAGUCAAAACUCUUGGAUGAGAUUAAGAAUAGCAGGGAGGUAACAGAUUCUGAACGUAUUCAGCUGCUCCAGGAGAAGGAAGAGCAAACAACAUCUCUGAGACAACUAACUGUAGAAAGGGAUGAACUAGCUAAGGAAAAGAUGGAGCUGACUGCAAAGCUGCAGAAAUCCAUUGAGGAGGCAAAGCAACAAAAUGAAGAGAGAGAUGCCCUGAAAUCUGAGACAGAUUUGCUUUGGCUGAAGCAGUCGCAGCUAGAAAUGCAAUGUGACUUGUUACAAAAGGAGAAGGCAACCUUGGAAUCAAAAAGCAACAUGCAAAUGGCAGAAAAUGAAUCUCUCUCGGGUGAGAUAGUCGAAUUUAAAUUGAGCCAACAGCAACUCAUCUCUGAAAUUGAAUACACAGUUACGGAAAAAGAUCAGCUCUUCGGCAACGUUGAGCUUUUAACGCAAAACCUUGACGAGUCCGCCAAAGUAAAUGAAGAACUCCAAGCCUCAAAUUCGAGACUCACCACACAUUUGGAUGAAAUUCAGAAGAGCAAAAAUAUUGUGGAUUUAGAGAGACAUUCCUUGUUACAAGAAAAGGAAAAGCUGGUAGCUGAACUUGAGGCACAGUGCUCUGAAAAGGAGCAUCUUACUCGGCAGAGGGUGAAAUUAGAGGAAAAAUACAAUGUACUGAAUGAACAAGUGAGAGUACUUGAGAACCAACUAAUACAAGAAAGAGAUGCAGCAGAAAUGGAAAAGGAGGCUCUGAAUGAGGCUCAUGCAGAACUUGAAAAUAAUGUUCACGUAUUGACAAAUGAAAUGGGUGUUCUUAAAGCUAAGCAUGACGAAUUGCUUUCAGAAAAUAAUGUGUUAAUAAAAGAAAAAGAGAGAUUUCAGGCUGAACAAAAUAAGUUUGCUGGUGAGAGGGAAGAUCAAGUAGCUGAGAAGAAUUACCUAAUGUCCACCAUUGACGAGCUGAAGAAGAAGGUUGAUACAUUGAGCAAAGAAAAAGUAGAGCUCCAGGCUUCAGAAUCAAAUCUUUUGAAACUCUUGGACGGACUUCGCAGUUGUCAGGAGAUUUCUGAUUUGGAUCAAAUGAGGCUGCAGGGAGAAAAAGGAUAAUUUGCUGGCAACAGAGCUAAAACUUCAGACAGAAAAAGAAGAGCUAGUGAGGGAGAAUGGCGAGCUAACAGAGUCCCUCUGCAAGUUACAGAAAGAAGCUGCUCUUUCUGCUCAAGACAAGGGAGAAAUUGAAACAACCCUG